GAACCCAAGUGAUUAUUUGACCGUUCAGGAGCGGCGAGCCGCGUAACCUCGACUGUUCUCAAAUCGCAUUAACACUGUUACAGCAAGAAUUCUUUUGGUAAGAAAACAUGUUGUACAACGUUAGUUAGAACUCAGUUAUUUGCGCUGACCAACAUACACAGUUUCAAGUUUGUGUCGGAUAUCAAAACUACGAAACAGCUGUAUAUUUAUGGUGUGAUUUUGUAUCUCAGUGUUUUUAGCUGCAAAUUAUACAGAAAUAGCCGCGAAAGAGACUGCUAGUUGAAAGUGUUUUGUCACAAAAUUUUCUUUGUGUUACCAGACAAAAAACUUGUCACAGUAUUUGGUCAAAGCGUUAAUUGCACAGAUCCCUAUGCGGUGCUCUGUUAAAGCUUAUAAUUUAUUUUUUACUGUAUUUGAAUUUUUGCUUGAAAAGCUAAAACUUGAGAAGGGGACAAGCUUUCAUAUAAUUCUUCUUCUCCAGGGAUAUAAUAGUGGCUAGAAUGUAACAAAAAGAUAUAAUUUUUACAUUUGCAGCAUUAAACUUUAGCUCGUGAAGUUUAUCCGCAUAAUGAAUGUAAAAUGUAUUUGCAAACAAGGCAUCGAAAGCCAGGAUGUUCGAUAUAUUCCAUAAAAACAUAAUUUUACCGAACUCAUCACGGCCGCAUUGCAUUUUAUUUUAGCAUUAGUAUCGUCAAUUUGUUGUGAGUAGCGGUUUUUGAGGCAGGUAAUGCGAGGGUGGAGAAGCUGGAUCAGUCGUUCUUCCUUAUUCAUUAUGCUUGCAUUUUUUUCUAACUUAUUCGUUAUUCAUUGACUUUUAUUAUUAUCAUUUUUCUCCCACAUUAGUUUUUCAUGGUAAAGUUAGUAUGAGAUAUUUUUAUGUAUCGGCGUAAUACAGUAAAGCCAAUGAAGCCAGUUUUAAAGCGAGGUAUUCGUCGGUUUCAAACAUUGCCAGGAAAGUGGUCAGUGUGGUCGUCAGUGUGUCAGGUUAUCAGUACAAGAGUUAGGAUUUAAAUGGCGCACACCACCUCACCCCAUCGGUAAUGGAGCAUAUUGUUUAGCUAGCUUUAUUUUUUAGCUACUAAUCAUAGACCCUUCUAAAGGUACGUUACCUACCUACAGCGGAGAGAGUAACACUUUUCUGUAUUCGGUAUUCAAUCUACGGAGGCAAAAUAUUGUGUUUUUUUUCCGUUGAAUUUUUAGUGAGGCCUUCCUUAAUUAUUACUAGAUUGGAUUCAAUGUCUUGCAACUUUUCUAUUUGGUUCGCUUUAAGGAUGUAGAGAAAUUAAUAUAUUAAUUAGUUAAACAAAUAGCCGGUAAACUUUGAAGUAAAAGUGUUCUACUGUUCGACGGUUCGCAAUAUCGGCUGGCGUCUGAGAACAAGUGACUUUUAUGAUCAUAAACUAAGCUAGCCAGGAGUUCAUACAUGAUAUAUGAGCAUUUUUAACGAGAUACGAUGAAACAACCGUGAAUUAGCAUGAGUAUAUUAAGUCAGCUUAAAUUUGUAAAUAAUGAAAGAAGCCAAAUGUGCAGGGAGUUUGUUAAUGACACAGGAAGGCGAAAUUAACUGGAAAUUCUAAUAAAAUUGUACAUAUAAGCACCAUAUCUAUAACCGACGAACAGCUGUUGUCGAGUAAAUAUUAAUAUCAUGCUGCUGAAUUUAAGACAUGUUGUCUUUUAAACAAAUGUUUUAUGCUUCUUGCAGCAGUUUCAAUAGAGCAAGCAGAGGAAACAACGCAGGAUUAGAAUUACGAAAGUCCUUUUCUCAGGUAUUUUACAUUAAAGUUUUUGCAAAGAGAGAAAAAAGUGAUAACCGGCUUCCGUCUUAAUUGAAUAGUUACUAUGAUAUGCCUUGGAAUUUAGCGUAUUCUCAACCUCAAACAGCUCCGUUUAGUUUAUCAAUUCUGCAUGUAUCCGUUUUGAGAAGUUGACUGUACUUGGCUUUUUUCUUAUUUUUAUUGCUCUACUAUCACAGAUGGUGAGCUCAAGAGGGAUGGAUAGCAACAGCUCCAACAGCACUAACUCCAACAGAUCCGCGGCAGUCAACCCAACAGCUUUAAGAGGAUCGUUCAUUGACCUACAAUACCUAGUCAUAUGGUGCAUAGUGUACUUAAUUAUCGCCACGUUCGCCAUAUUAGGAAACGUUCUAAUUAUCUUUGUGUUUUCAAAGAAACGCAAUCUAAGAACAAGAACAAAUUAUUUUGUAAUUGGCCUGGCUGUCGGUGACAUAUUAGUGGGUACGCUUACAGUACCGUUGUACGUGACUUGGUUGAUUCUCUUGUAUAAUCAAGACUAUAAAGCUUCUUCCCUUGUGCAGACCAUAUUUAGCCCUGUGGACAUUCUCUCAGGAAUGUUGUCUAUUCUUCACUUGAUGACGAUUAGUGUUGAACGAGUAUAUGCAAUCGCCUUUCCCUUACGUCAUCGUACCUCCACUGCGCGUAUUAACUUUAUAUUCCUGGCUAUAAUCUGGAUCACCGCCACUGGUAUUGCCUCGCUAAACUUCUUCAUACCCAAAGGUCCUGAAUGGAAAGGAACGUUCCUCAUAUACUCGACCCUUGGAUUUUUUGUACCUUUCUCCGUUAUUUUAUUUGCUUAUACAUCAAUAUGGAUUAUUGUGAAGAGUAGGACAAAGAUAUCAAGGCAAGGAGCUCGAGUUGUCAGGAGAGAAAGUCGUACUGCUCUCACUAUUUUCGCCUUGAUUCUCCUCUUCCUGAUCACGUGGUUGCCGUUCUUUAGUCUCAACUUGGUCUUAUUUUCAUGCUCUAAGUGCGCAGUCUCAGUACCUUUACAGCUUGUCUUGUUUUUUAAGGCGCUGCACUACUGUGGAUCAGCGUUAAACCCCGUGGUUUACUCAGCACGCAUGCCCGAGUUUCGACGCCCAAUUACCAUAUUGUUAAAAGAGAGAAGACUGACAGGAUCUAUGUAUCGUCGUUCCUCGGAUCGACAAUCGCUGAGAAGAAGCACCAUACGUGGCAAAGAUGUUGAACUGUCCGAUAUAGCUGAUCAUCAAAGCAACGGCAGCGCUACUGAAACUGCCGACGCUACUGCAGAUGAAAAAGACACUAAGAAAUUGCCAUUAUAA